ACGGGGAGGGAUCGGGAAAUGACCUCGGGUCCCCGGAUUUAUGAUAUGGCGCCCACAGUCAUUUGGUUUUGAUUAUUUCUGCUUGAAUAAAAAUGUAUUAGUAGUAAAUGCAUGGCUACGCAUCUAGGUUGAUAAUAUAUAAAAAACAAAUCGGUCUGUUUAAACUUCCCGUCACUGGGCUGCGUCACUUCCGCCUGGCAACCGCGCGGUGUUUAACAAGGAGACGCUGUUGUUUACUUCAAGACUUAAUUUAAUGCAUCUUUGCAGAUAUUCCUUAUAUCUGCACUCUGUUUAUGGUAUUUCAGUGUAAUUUCCUGAUUAAUAGUAAUAAGAAGCGUGAUGGAUUUUUCACCAACGCGGCAGCGUAUCAGAGAAGGGAUUAGCUGUGAGUCCAAGGAUGAGACAGACUCCCCGCUGCCGCCCAUCUCUGAGCGCUUAGCUUAUCUGAGGCCAUCUCGUGAGCUUCUGGAGUUUUACAGACAGAAAGUGGCUCAAUUUGAUGCAGAACAUGAUGACCUAUUGCAGCUGCUUGAGAAGUAUAAGAGCACUACAGAGGACCAGCACAAGCUGCAGUGGGAAGUGCGUCAGCGGGAAGAGGAGAUCGCAGAACUGCAGAAGGCUCUGAGUGAUAUGCAGGUUUACCUCUUCCAGGAGCGAGAACAGGCUCUUCGGCUGUAUGCUGAGAAUGACCGCCUUAAGAUCAAAGAGCUUGAAGACCGGAAGAAGAUUCAGCACCUUUUAGUGCUGGUGGGCCCAGAUGCAGGCGAGAUCACUUAUUUUCACAGAGAGCCUCCACACAAGGUCACUAUUCCACAAAAGAAAGUCCAACCCAGAACCCAGCAGACAAAACCAAGGCACGGCUCAUCAAAAGAAGGGGGUAAGAGACCGUCAAAAAGUGGAGGAGAUGACACAAACUCUGAGCAGUACAAGAAAGAUAACCAGACACUUUUACUACAGGUGGAGGCACUGCAGGCACAGCUAGAAGAGCAGACGCGCCUGGCUAAAGAGCAGCUGGAGUCCUUACUGGAGGACAGACGAAUUCACAUAGAGGAGGGACAGGUCCAGCGUCAGAGAGACCAGGAGAGAAUCGCUGCAUUAACGGAGAAACUCCAGCGCACACAGAACUUGCUCUAUGAGAGCACCAGAGACUUUCUGCAGCUGAAGUUUGAAAGUCGAGCCCAUGAGAAGAGCUGGAUGGUGGAGAAGGACAGACUUCUGAGAGAGAUGGACUCGUGUCAGGAGAGGUUGAGGGAGAGGCACAGCUUCCAAGAGCAGCCAGGAGCCUUCACAAGCCCAUUACAUUUCACCCAACCAACUCCAGAGAGCAGCCAGAUGCAUCGUGACCAGAUCAGAGUGCUACAAGAGGAGUUGAAGCAAGCCCAUAAACUAGCAGACAUGUACAGAGAGCAGUGUGUCAGUCUGGAGACUGAUCUGGCGCAGAUCCGAGAGGAGGGAGACGUAGGCAGAGAGAUCUUCAAGGAGCGCUCAGACAAGAUGGCCAAGCGUCUCCACUUAAUGACUCAGCGUUAUGAAGCUCUGGAAAAGAGGAGAUCCAUGGAGGUGGAAGGCUUUAAGACUGACAUCAAACAGCUGCGACAGAAACUCAAAGAUGUGGAGAAGCAACUCUUUAAGGUGACCCUUAACGUGGGGCCGGAUCAGGACUUGGCCAUUCUACAUGAAGUUCGACAGUCAAACGCCCGCACCAAGAAAAUCCAGGAUGAAUUAAAAAGCCUAAAAGCAAAGAUAUAUGGACUGGAGAAUGAACUGAGAUUCAGCUGAAUUUUAAAAUCUUGCUCUUUUUGAGCCUUUGCAGUGCAGCCAAUAUAAAAUUUCACCAAGAAAGUCCCACUAGGGGUGAGUUAAUCGGUUAUAUUGAUCAGCUGACUGAUUUAUGAUGGACUGGUUCAUUAUUCAAUAUCAUUGCGUAACAUUUGACACAAACUAUAGUGAUGCAGAAGAAAGGAUUUGUGGAGUCCUUUCCAUGUGCAAAUUCUACCAGCAUUAGCAAUAAUGGUGCAUUGUGGAUUUUUCAGAUACAAGUCAUUUUUGGUAACUUAUUUUUAAGUGAAUUAAUAAAUGGAAUGGCUUUGCA